CAGACGAAAUGUUGCUAUCGUCCGCGCAUCCACCACGUCGUCAAUAACUCGCACGACGAUAAGUUUUUCGGUUUUUAUCUGGUCGCGUCGUUUGAUGAUAAGGUUGCGGGGCAGAUAAGAGUGCUUUUGUGUAUGUGUCUGUGUGGGUAUGGAAACGAACGCGAGGCAAACGUCAAAACGAUUUCAACGUGCGACGGACGCACGGCCUGAUACGGUGCUGCCGGUUGCUCGUCGCCAAGUUUUCAAGUCGGACGCGUUCGAAAGAGCGCCCCCCUCCCCCACCACCCGGACCCCGGGAACGCCCCGUGGCCUAUCGUGACCCGGCUGCGAACUAAGGACCUCCCCGAACCGCCCAGGCCAAGUCGGUGUCGGGCCCGAGCCGAAAGGUCACUAGUAGAGGCUAGAGAGUGUCGCGGGGUCGACCUAUCACCUCCGACGCAGAAGAUCCGACCGAAUUCGCCAAGAACAAGUGAACAGGUUCAUAGUGCAUAUACGGACUGAUGUCGGAUCCGUCUUCGUGACGUUUUUAACGGGUGGUGCAGGCAUCUGACGGUCACGGUGAUAUGAUCUAGUGCCCCGGGUGUCAUCGUCAUCAUCGUCGCGGGUAUUAUGGCUUUGGUGGCCAGUUCGUGGCGCGAGACCACUCUGGUCAACCCCAUACCGACUAGUCUUAAUUCGCUGGCCAACGGUGGACUUAACCCCCUACCGCCCGUACCACCUACGGCCUCGACGAACCUGAACCCGUUACCGGGCAGCAUCAACCCCAUUACUACGCUGCAAGAGGCGUCCGGGGGCGAUUUGGCGCUCAUCAAUCGUCAGACGCCCUCGCAGAAUUCGCAGAAUAGUGCUAAUAGUGCCGACAAGAACCAGAACAUUGAGUGCGUGGUGUGCGGAGAUAAGAGCUCGGGAAAACACUACGGUCAAUUCACUUGCGAAGGUUGCAAAUCGUUUUUCAAACGUAGCGUGCGCAGGAACUUAACGUAUUCGUGCCGUGGUAGUCGGAAUUGCCCGAUUGAUCAACACCAUAGGAAUCAGUGCCAAUAUUGUCGAUUAAGGAAAUGUAUUAAGAUGGGAAUGAGGAGAGAAGCCGUCCAAAGAGGUAGAGUACCGCCAUCGCAACCAGCCUUACCGGGCUUACCAAAUCAGUUCCUGAACUCUACCGACUCAGUGACGACAUCCCUUAGCAACCACACGUACCUCAGCAGUUACAUAUCUCUAUUGUUAAGGGCGGAACCGUACCCCACCAGCCGCUACGGUCAAUGUAUACAAGCGAACAACAUUAUGGGUAUCGAAAAUAUCUGUGAACUAGCGGCUAGGUUGCUAUUCUCUGCUGUUGAAUGGGCUAGGAAUAUACCGUUUUUUCCUGAUCUCCAAGUUACGGACCAGGUGGCGCUUCUUAGGUUAGUAUGGUCGGAACUGUUCGUAUUAAACGCGAGUCAGUGUUCCAUGCCUCUUCACGUGGCGCCACUGAUCGCCGCUGCUGGCCUCCACGCGUCGCCUAUGUGCGCAGACAGAGUCGUCCAGUUCAUGGAUCACAUCAGGAUAUUUCAAGAACAAGUAGAGAAAUUGAAAGCUCUACACGUGGACUCGGCCGAAUAUUCGUGUUUGAAAGCGAUCGUACUAUUCACGACAGAUGCUUGUGGACUCAGCGACGUGGCUCAUAUAGAGUCGAUACAAGAGAAAUCGCAGUGCGCCUUGGAAGAGUACUGCCGGUCGCAGUAUCCGAAUCAGCCAACUAGAUUCGGGAAAUUGCUACUACGCUUGCCUAGUCUAAGGACAGUUAGUUCGGCGGUAAUAGAACAGUUGUUUUUCGUUCGUUUAGUUGGCAAAACACCCAUCGAAACAUUGAUAAGGGACAUGCUACUAUCGGGCAGCUCAUUUUCAUGGCCGUACAUGUGAUAUUUAAAAUUGUACUAGUUGUACUAGUCAAUAAUUUAUCGUUAAUGUUAUUUGUUGAUUGCUGCGAUGCAAAGACUAGGCGGAGUGGGGGGACGUGUGUUGGACGCUCGAUUCUGUGAAUUCUGACUGACAUAUCACAAGCAGGUGUGAGAAGAUUUCUAUAUCAGAUUGCCAAAUAUACAUAGCUAGACUGGGGAAUACUCAGAUUGAAAUUUAAUGUUCCUUUUUAUAUCACAAUGAAAUAAAUCGUAAUGUUUACGGUUUAUCUGUAUAUAAUAUCAGCGUAUUAGUUACAUAUUUUAAUGGAUAUUCGAUGUACAUAUACUUACAAAGGUCGUGUUUAGGUUCUACAUUAUAAAGUAGAGUCUGGUAGCUUAAUAAACGAUUAUGUACCUAACAGGAUUCUCACCAACACAUUGACGGCUCGUUUAAUUAACAUUUCGUAAUGGACAACCUAAGCAAAUUGUAAACGAGAAGGCUUUCGUUUUUCUCGUGGUACAUAGGUUUUUAAGAUAUGUCCUAAUUUUUCGAGAACUUAACUUGAAGAAAAAUUUAAUGUAAGAAUCCUACAAACAAAUUAACAACUAAGCAAAACGCAACCAAUUAAUAAAUGAGAGUCACUCAAAAAUCGACACCGAUAGUUGCAAAAUUAUCCAGAGCGCCUUAUUAUGUGGAACACGAACAAAAUACUAUAUGACGCAGACGCAGGAUGUUCCAAAUUUCACUACAAAGAUUUUAAGUUAAUUUUUCCAGCUGAUCAUUUUCCCAGCAUAAGCUAUCGACAAGUUCAUCGCAAAACUUUUUUGGCGCAAUCUUUCUAGUGAAUUUUGCACGCUGUAUAUUAUAUUUCGUUGUAUAAUUCGCAAAAAUUUGACGAUAUAGUUACCUUACUGUUUUAUUUUUUUUCUCAUUUUAGUCAAUGCUUAACACUUUGUUUUUUUGUAGUUAAGUAGCUUGUUAAUUGUUGUUAUCUCGAAUCGUUGUUAUUAUAUUCUUGAAAAUAUUUUCUUGUUCCCUUCUUUAGGUACUUUUCCCUAUAUAGGUGGCCAGUUUUUUUUUUUAAAGUUUUAUAUUCUACCGAAGACAUUUUACCGGGUGGAAAAGAAUGAUCCGGUAUUAUGAUGUGUAUACGUACUUAUGUAUAUUUAUCGUUUUUUUACACAGUUUUAAGCACGUUGAUUUUUUUUGUCUCUGUUAGUUUUUACAAUUUUUAAUCACAAACACCCGUACCUAUUCACAUUUUUUUACAGGAUUUUUGUAACCUAGUAUUUAAUUUAGCUCUUAGUGCAAUCUCAACCAAGAAAAUACUUAUUUAUCUGAUUUAUAUUAUUUUCCUCUUAUUUGCAUUAUAUGUAAACGAUCUGUGAAUUUUCAGACGGUUUUGGAAACCGCUGCCGACGUCAAACAAAUUUCUCUAUUGGCCAAAUAGGACUUUAAAUAUUACGUUUGUAAA